ACACCACUACUAACAUACUAAAGUUACAAGAAAUUAUCAAAUUUCGCCUAAUCGAGGUGUAAUUAAAUUUAAACUGGUAUUUCAGAACCGUAAAAACAAAUAUUAAAACCUUUUUCUACAAGCUCCUACACUCAAAAUUGCAUAACACUUUAAAAUUGUGACAAAAAGUGAGGUUAUGUCAUCUGCUUUCGGAUAAACGUGUCUGAAAAAAACCGCUUAUUGUACUUACCCUCGGGUUUCCAUGAAGAAUUUCCCGAAUUAUAUUUUAGACUGAAGCUGGAAUAGUAUUGCAAACAGUCGGUAAGUAGCGGCAAGACUUUUUUAGUGUCUUUACUAAGAAUACCACGGAUGGCAACUUCAAGUUGUGCAAAUAAAUUCUGUUUCUUGCAAAUCUCACUCCCAAAUCUAACAAAUUAAGGUCGUUUUGAGUUUCUACUACAUCUUGUCCAAGAUACGUACUUAUGAAUUAUUUCUGCCCGUUUAAAUGGGACUAUUUCAAACCAUGCAUUUUUUGCCUCUCCUAACUUCUUCAAAACGGCUUCCACUGUAGCUGCUUCAGGUACAAAAAUGUUACAUAAAGCCUCAUCGUUGUUUACAUUUUUAAUUGAUAAAGUUUCUCCAUUUGGUGCUUCAUCUUUUUUACCAAUAUGGAGAAAUAUGCGAUUUUCUUUGCUCUUUAACCACUCCUUAAAACAUGUUAAUUCUGGACCAUACAAACAAGUUUCAACUUACAGUCACUUCAGUAAUGUUUUCAGAAUCGUCUCCAUAACUCAUUGUUUCAAAAAUUUGUCUUAUUAAGCAAUGUUUUGAGUCCCCAACAUCACCCAUUUUUCGCGAUUAAAAGUUGAAAUCGGUCAAAGCACUAAUAGAACCUUAUCAUUAUCAAGUACUGUUAUCAAAACGCGUUUCAGCCGACAACACAACUCGAGCGAGAGAAGAGUAAUUUAAAAUGGUAAUAAAUCAGCUGAUUGUUGUUUAUUUUGAAAGUGCUCUGAAUAUCAAUUAGUACGAAACUCAUUAAUUCAGCAAAAUCAUUCAAAAUGUUAAGUUUGGCGCGACAUUGUCGCACCUCGAUAUUUUUGCCUGCGAAACAAUUUGUAGCUGUUUCAAAUAGGACUUUACCGAAAAAUGGACUCAUCAGGUCUUACACGACCCCAAUUUGGAGGAGACAGCCCCUAAGAAAUCUUGUCAACCCGAGGAAUUUCUUCAAAUCUACCGGAGCAAUCCUUAUGAGACUGAAUUCAAACAUUCCUCAAAAAAGCAAAAAAAGUAUAGGAUACUGGCUGAUGACAUGCAGUGGAAUGGUCUUUGUAGCUGUAGUUUUAGGUGGUGUAACGCGAUUAACUGAGUCAGGUUUGUCUAUGGUUACGUGGAAAUUGUUAGGAGAAAAAAUGCCUCGGACGGAUAAAGAGUGGGAAGAGGAGUUUGAAAAAUACCAACAGUUUCCAGAAUUUAAAAUCAAAAAUAGAGAAAUGACCUUAUCCGAAUUCAAGUGGAUAUGGUACAUGGAAUUUGGGCACCGCAUGUGGGGCCGCGCCAUCGGCGCCGUUUUCCUAAUCCCGGCUGUGUAUUUCUGGGCCCGAGGCAGAUUCACCCCGUCGAUGAAAAAACGAGUGUUGGCUUUCGGUACCCUAAUCGGCGCCCAAGGUUUGAUGGGUUGGUACAUGGUCAAAUCGGGUCUUGAGGACCGGUUCCAUGGCGAAAGUGACAUACCUAGAGUAUCGCAAUAUCGACUUGCCGCUCAUCUUAGCCUUGCUUUUGUUUUAUAUACACUUUUCCUAUGGUCCGGUCUAGACCAACUAUUACCGGCCGAAACCAUAACCAUUGGUAGUAAAAAAGCCAUAAAAGCAGCGAGAAAAUUCAAAAUGGUUGCGCAUACUUGUAAAGGUUUAGUGUUUCUGACUGCAGUAUCAGGGGCUUUCGUGGCCGGUUUGGAUGCCGGUCUAGUCUAUAAUUCUUUCCCCAAAAUGGCAGAUAAGUGGGUUCCGGAUGAUAUUUUAGCGUUGGUGCCUGCUUUGAGCAAUUUUACCGAAAAUCCAACAACGGUUCAGUUUGACCACAGGAUUUUGGGGACUACGACUUUGACUGCUAUCACAGCUAUGUAUUUAAUGUCACGACGGAGAGUUUUGCCACGAAGGGCUUAUACAGCCGCUGCAGUUUUUGGAGCUUUGGCAUGGUUGCAGGUCGCUUUGGGGAUAACAACGCUUUUAACGUAUGUACCAACCGCUUUAGCUGCAAGUCACCAAAGCGGAUCACUACUUUUGUUAUCGUCGGCAGUAUGGCUGACUCAUGAACUCAAAAGGUUGCCUAAGUAGGUUACAAAAAACGUAGAUGUAAUGUAACAAACUUUUAUUGUAAGGUUAUUGAUAUUUGAUUGAUAAUUAAUAUCGACACUACCAUUUACUUUAAAACAAAAUAUAUAUAUUUAUAUAUCAAUAUCACGUGAUCCACCAUAAAACAAACUGUUAAUUUUUAUUAUUAUUAUUUGGUGCGUAUUUUCAUAAAAAACACUUCUGGUUUCAAACUUAUUGCGUUUUAUU